UACAAAAAAAGGGUAGUUUAUUUUACUGUCGAACUUCUGACUUUGUAUUGUACAUUGUACUAUUUGUAGUCAUACUUCAACAGCUGAGAGCUAUUAUAAAUUAGGAAACAGAUUGGAAAAAUAUUGGAAACGCAGCGACAUCCCUGGCAAAAAAAUGACUGUGAAUAACACCAUUGCACACCAACGUUUAAUUCUCAGUGGAGAUCGAGAAAGAUUUAAGGAGCUUUUGAGAAGGAGAUUAAUAGAAUGCGGAUGGAGAGAUCAAGUCAGAAUGCUAUGUCGAGACAUAGUGAAAGAAAAUGAGAGCGGAAACAUCACAUUUGAUUCUUUAGUAACAAAGGUGACUCCCCGUGCUAGAGCACUUGUGCCAGAUUCAGUGAAAAAAGAAUUAUUGCAGAAAAUUAAAACCCAUCUACUCACACAGAAAGACCAAUAAAGAUAAAAUCCUUAUUAAAUUUGUGUUGUGCUAUUUUUAAUAUAAUUUUCAGACUGAAGUCAGGGUUAGGGAUUAACUUUGAACAAUUAUUAUCUUUAUUUUAAUUUUAUUAUGUGUAAGAAUAAAUAAAUAAA